GUGACAAAGAAUAAAUAAUUAUACCAAUAAAACAAAAAAAUACUACUAUAACCAAACGCUGGCCCCAUAGUAAAAUCGAAACAACAACAAAACAAUCGCAUUGUGACAAAUAACAGCUGUUUUAAGGCUGCGCCGUGUUCUGUCUCACUCACACGCGUUGCCCAUCUCGUUCUGGCAUAUUCAGCUGGAAAAAAACGUGCGCCGCCUCUCUCUCUCUCUGUGUCUCUCCGAAUUCAGCGAACAGCUCGGGGCGAGUAUUCAUCUUGGCUGAGCGAAUUCGUUUCUGCUGAGUUGAUUUCGGCUGGUCACCGCUAACGGACGUUUAAAUUGUCUGCUCUUGUCGUGUGAAACGUUACAACGGAUAGAAAGAAGGAAAAAGAAUAGACAGAUAAAGAAGCAUAAAAUAAAGACUGACAAAAAAACCAUCAUCGGCAGCCGGGAGUAAAGUAAAACGCUGCAUUUCAUAAUAUAUAUAUCUGUAUAUAUAUUAAAAUAUAAAGACUGACUAAAACGCUAAAAACAUAAAAUUAUAGAUACAAUAAAACAGAAAACAACAAAGUUAAACAGCAAAAGAAAAUAUAUACAAUACGGGUUCGAAAUAAAACAAAAAACAACAAAAUCGACACAUAUAUGGAUUAAGGUUCCUCAACACACACUCACAACAACAGCAACACACAAGGAUUACCGUUAUUUUUGGAUUACCAGUGCCAAUAAUAUCAAAGAAAAAAAUAAAGAAAAGAAAAAAGAAAGAAAAGAAAUAUAUAUAUAUUAUAUAAAGAAAAAAAAGCGAAAUAUAUAUAGAAAGUGAAUUUUUUUGACAAAAAAAAAGUGUGAAAAGCAAAAUCUAAUAAAAAUGAUAUACUGAAGAAAAGAAAAUAAAAUAAAAACCAGCAACCUUUUCAACCAACAACGGCAACUGCAACUGCAGGACCUAGCAGCAGCAGCAACAUUUAAUUCUCCUUGGAACACAUGAUGACGAUGGCCGCUUGCUAUGCCAAUUAUGACAUGUCGUCACUAUCUCACGGCAUGUCGGCUGCUGCUCUAAAUGCACUGCAACAACAGCAGCAACAUAGCCAACAGCAGCAGCAUGGCCAACAGCAGCAUAACCAACAGCAGCAACAUCAUCAUUCACAGCAGCAGCAGCAGCAACACAGCCAACAGCAACAACAACAACAGCAUAUGUAUCAUGCUGCUGCAGUUGCUGCACAUCAGCAACAGUUGCUGCAACAUCAACGCCAUCAGCAGCAGCAACAGCAGCAGCAGCAACAUAGCCAACAACAGCCCGCCUCACAUUCUCGCCAUAGUCAAGCGGUGGCGGCGGCGGCCCAAAAUCAAAACCAGGUCGCCGCCGCUGUCGCCGCCAACAGCUCACGCCAAUCGAACAGUAAUAAUAAUACAAAUUCAAACCACAGCGGCAACAGCAACAGCAGUUCUAGUGGCAACACAAAUGCCAACAAUGCGACACAGAAAGACUAUAGCAUUCCAUUGCAUGUCGAUUGCAGUGUCGAAUACGAGUUGCCCAAUCAGCCAAAGCCGCCGGCUGGCCAACGUGUGGAGCCCCUGUUGAUGAUCCAUCCAUGUUAUUUCCGUAAAAUGGAGUCACAGCGUCGUAGUCCAUUUGUGAAUAACAUGCAGGCGACGGCUCGCAGCGCCAACAACAGUUCCGUGAGCAGUGCAGCCGCUUUGGGUGGCAAUGGUGGAUCGGCAGCAUCGGUGCCAAGUAGUGCCGCGAGACGGGCAGCCAGGCAAAAUACACAGCAGCAGCAGCAGCAGGCACAACAGCAGCAGCAACAGAGGCAAGUGUAUUCGCAGCAGCAGCAACAAAUGCGCCAACAGCAUCAGCAGAUGUCACAAAUGUCGCAGCAGGCGCAUUAUCCAGUGCAGCAGCAGCAACAACAGUCUAGUCUGGAGCAAGUGCGUCGCCAACAGCAGCAGCAGGCCCAAAUUCAUCAUCAUCAACGCAGCAGCAGCAACCAAAGUCGUCAAAGCCAAAGUCAAAGCCACCUCACCAACUCAAACAACUCUGCAGCAGUUGCCCAGGCCGCUGCAGCAGCCGCCGCUGCUGCCAGUACUGCAUCAAUUGCGGCCGCUGCCGCUGGUCAGUGGGAUCAGUUGGCAGCCGCUUUGGCAGCCCGAACUGCCAUGACACCGCAUCACAUGCUGGCCCCACCACAGGCUCUGUAUGCAGCAAAGACAGCCAACAAUAAUAAUAACAACAAUUCCUCCUCCGCCUCAUCCGCCGCAGCCGUUGCCGCCGCCGCUGCCGCAGCCGCCGCUUCUUCCGGUAAACGGGAUGCCAUGAUAUCGGGCAGUAACUAUGCCCAAACGGGCAGCAAGCAGCAGCAUUCACAUACCCAACAGCAACAACACUGCCUGCCACCGCCCCCUCAUUGGGAUCCCACAGUGGGAGGGGCAGCGCCCACACAGACCAUAGCGGCUGCUGCUGCGGCAGGAAUGCUUAUGGAUCGAUCGCCAAUGGCAACAGUUCCUAGUAAUUAUCAGGCCGGACCUGACACCACGCCAAUGAGGUUAUAUGGCGCUACAGCCACGCCCACAGCGGGUGCCAGUACAGCAGCAUCAGGAGUGGUUGUAGGCGGCGGCGGCAGCAGCAGUAAUUCAACAUCAUCCGCCGCUGCCACCGAUAAAUUGAGUGGCAAAUAUCGUCAAUAUUUGCGUUCACAGCGAAUGCAUCCAUAUUCCUCACUCAAUUUGGCCGGCAAUUUGGGUCAUACGGCAACAACAACUGGAGCAUUUGGUCCAUUCGGCUCAGCGGCUGCGGCUGCUGCAGCGGCAGCGGCGGUAACGCCAACAUUCCAACAUCUGCAGCAAAUUUCCUGCUAUAAUGUGUGAUCAACCCAAAGUAAACCCACAAAAGCCUGCGACAAAUUGUCAUCGAAUUGCUACAAGGACAACAACAACAAAAAACAACAACAACAACAGCAACAACUAUAUUAGCAGCCAUCAACAUCCAAAAGCAGCAGCAACAACAUUCAACUGAGACACAGACGCUUACCAAGUAAACGUCAAUGAAAUAAAUAGCCAACUCAAGGAAUAUAUAAACCCAUAGAAUCCUCACACACACUCAGACACACACACACACACCCACUAUAUAUACAUACAAAUAUAUAUAAAUAUAUAUAUAUAUAUAAACUCCUUAACCUCCCUCCCCUCUCCGACAACCAACAUCUUUCUACUCAUCAAUGGAUAAAAAGCUUUUAGAUUAUAAAAAUGGAAAAACAAAAAACAAAACUCUUCUAUUAUAUUCUCCUCUCUGUUUUAGCUGCUAAAAGAAAGAAAAAAACAAAAACUAAAAAUGCAAAAUGAAAAAAAAAACUUACAAAAAAAAGAAACAUUAAAAAUUGUUGUCAAAAAUGAGAGAAAAUUAUGAAAGAAGAAAAUAUUAUGGGAAAAUUGCUUUUCCUUUUUUUUCUGAAUUAUUUUUCUCCCCCCUUCUUCUAGUAAUUGUAGUAAUUGAGAUACAACAACAACAACAACAAAAAAAUGCAAACUAUUGUAGUGAUAUUUGUUAUAAAAUAAUUUUAGUAAUUAAUUUAAUUUAAAUUAAACAAAACCAACAAGAAAGCGUAAACCAACAACAACAACAACAUCUUAUGCAUAUUUAAUUAAAACAAAAGUCAAAGAGGAAGCGAAAAAUGGAAAAAUCUUUAUAAAAUGAAAAUAUGAGAAAAAAAAACAAAAAUUAUUACCCGAAAAAAAAAAACCAAAUCAAGCAAGAAUAAAAAUUAUUCAAAAUUAUGCUUAAAAACGUAAUUUUUGAAGCAAAAAUAUGCAAAAAUUUAACUAAAAACAAAAAUCCAAAAUUUGUGUUUUCAAUUUAUUGAUGAAAGAAGAUGAGACAAAAAAACAAGAAAAUAAAGUUAGUCAAGUGAUUUCGACUUUUUGCCGUCGGUUAAUCGAUGUGUUUUCCACAA